AUGCGCUGCGCCUGUCGGCCCCCCGCGGGCCGCGUCGCCCUGGCGGGCGGCCUCCUGCCUCUGCCGUCCUCGGGUCUGCGGGUUUGCUGGAGGGGAGCGCGUGGAGGCGGGGUGGCCGUUCGGGCUGGCCUGGACGCGGGGAGCGCGCAUCAUGUCGCGGAGGCGGCAAUCAGGGCCGUGCAGCCCCACCUGGCGGAGAUGGCCACCUCGGCUUUCAAUUUGAUGCACAGCAUCGCCGACGAGGCGUCGACGGUGAUGGACGCCAGCGCGGGGGUGGACAUCGACGUGGGGGCCGCCGUGUCGGCGGCGGCGUCGGAGGCCGCGCAGGCCGCGGCGGACGCGUCGUCCAGCGGCUCGGGCGGCGGGGGAGUGUUCGAGUUCCUGGCGGUGGCCUUCACCGAGUUCCUCAAGAUCAUCGAUGGCGGAUUGGAGCUCUUCGGCGUUCCUUAUUCAUAUGGCUUUUCCAUCAUUGUCCUAACCAUCAUUGUCAAGGUGGCCACUUUCCCACUCACAAAGCAGCAGGUCGAGUCGUCCCUCAACAUGCAGGCCCUCCAGCCACGCAUGAAGGAAAUGCAGGAGAAGUACAAGAACGACCCUGAGCGGAUGCAGCAGGAGACGGCGCUCCUGUACCAAGAAGCUGGCGUCAAUCCAUUGGCGGGCUGCCUGCCAACCCUUGCUACGAUUCCAGUGUUCAUCGGACUGUACCGGGCGUUGCUCCUGGCGGCUGAUGAGGGGCUGCUGAAGGACGGCUUCUUUUGGAUACCUUCACUGGCAGGGCCAACUUCCAUAGCGGCCAGACAGGAGGGUCUCGGCUUGUCAUGGCUGUUUCCCUUUGUGGAUGGUGCGCCCCCAGUUGGGUGGGACGAUGCACGUGCAUACCUCAUUCUGCCGCUGGUGCUCAUCAUAUCGCAGUACAUUUCACAGGCGAUCAUGCAGCAGAAGAACACUGACCCAUCGCAGCAGGGUGCUCAAGCGCUGCUGAAGUUCUUGCCGUUGAUGUUGGGUUGGUUCUCGCUCAACGUCCCCUCAGGUCUGACGCUGUAUUGGAUCACAAACAACAUCCUAUCCACAGGCCAACAAGUGUACUUGAAGAGCACCACUUCGGUAAAUCUGGAAGCGAAAGCCGCAUCCUCAGCGACCAUGGCAAGGCCGCCAGCAGACGUGAUAGAUGUCACACCAACUGGAAAGGAGAAAGGAUCUCGUCGAUCGCCGGAACAAAUUGCUGCAGCCAUCGCGAGAAAGACACAGGAACAACCGAGGAAAGGAGAGAAGUUUAGGGCCCGCAAAAUGCAAGAAGCUGCAAGGAAGGCUGCCAAACUGGCUGCUGAAAGACAGGCAGCACUCUCUCCAGAGAACAUCAGUGUUGCGGACGCAAUGGAGGCCAACGCGCCCCCACUGUUCCUCGGCUCUCCGGCGGCGCCUCUGCAGGACACGAACAGCCUUUCUGAUCAGCAGGCCCCGAGCACAAGCGUCGAGGUGGAAUCUGCGGGCGAGCAGAAUGGUGGGUCUUCAGAAGAGGAGGCUGCUUCGGCGUUAGAAUCGGCUGCAGAGGAAGAAGAGGAAGCCGAAGAUGAGGGAGUUGUGAAGGGGGAAGUGGAGGCGGGGAGAGUUGUGGAAGCUGCAGCAGUUGCCGGCUCCGCAAGCCAGGAGGGGCAGCGGCGAAAGAACACGGGCAAGAGAAAGGUGAAAGGACGGUAG